GCAGGUGGUGCAAGGCCAUUUCGUGUUUCGAGACUUCAGGUGGGAUCCUGAAGAUGUACAUGGUUUUCUUGUUGUCUACAAGUUUCCCGGCUUACAGUUUUUCAUGACUGGGAUGUUCACCCUGUUUGUUUCGCUUCAGCUCUACAUGUACACCAGUUCCUGGCCAGAGUGGAGCACUGCCGGGGAGCAGGUGACAAGCCCGCUCCACUUGUCGAGCUCGUCCAGGGAUGAGAGGGUUGACAGCCUCGAUGAAUCGAGCUUGCAAAGGAAACGAAUUUGCAGGGGAAGCCGGUUGUGGCAAUGGCUUCUUCUUCCUUCCUGCAUGUUUUGCAUCGUCGUCGGUACCCACAUACCGUUGAUCCAGACCGAAUUCACCCUGCCCGACAUCAAGUGGCUCCACGAUGCAGAGGCCAUUGAAAGGUUCGAGGCGAAUCAUACACCAGGGUAUGGUCAUCGAUUUACCGAUGGCGACGCGUACAUCGAUGUCAUCACCUGGCUGUAUGACAGUCGGCUGCCUUGUUCGGCUUUCGUGGUCAGCUACAACGCCAUGAUCCUUCCGCCUGUCCAAUUCCUUCUCUUCUUCUUCAUUCUUCUCCGGCCGUCCUUCAUCCCUGAUGACCUCUAUACGUCCAUGCAAGCGUACGUGAUGAAUUUGGCCCCAAUGCGCUUCACCCAGCCGUGCAUUAUGAUGCUCAUCGUUGGCAUAGCUAACAUGCCUGGUCCUGGCGACACCCUCUUCGGGGCGCGCUUGUGUAAGUUCCAUUCGCCACAUGGUCACAUCCAGAGGGGUUGGCUGGUUCCCACGAGCUGUGUAGUCAGAUUUGCCGGAUAG